AUGGCGAAAAGUAAGGUGGAUAUGCGCUCUCUGAACGGACCUUUAGACGAGCUUGCGGCACGAAAUACACACAAACUUGCUAUUACGAGGGAUUAUAUUUCACAACCUAGGCUAACCUACAAAACAGUAUCUGGUGUGAAUGGACCCUUGGUUAUUUUGGACGAUGUAAAGUUUCCAAAAUUUGCUGAGAUUGUGCAGUUGACCCUUGCUGAUGGCUCCCAGAGAAGUGGUCAGGUGCUGGAGGUCAGCGGGUCAAAGGCCGUUGUCCAGGUGUUCGAGGGAACACAUGGCAUUGAUGCAAAACACACCACCUGUGAAUUCACUGGAGAUAUUCUCCGAAUGGCAGUAUCUGAAGACAUGUUGGGUAGAGUAUUCAAUGGGUCUGGUAAACCUAUAGACAAAGGACCUCCUGUAGUAGCAGAGGAUUUCCUUGAUAUUCAAGGUCAACCUAUCAACCCUUGGGCUCGUAUCUACCCUGAGGAGAUGAUACAGACUGGUAUCUCCGCCAUCGAUGGUAUGAACAGUAUUGCCCGUGGACAGAAAAUCCCCAUCUUCUCUGCCGCCGGUCUUCCACAUAAUGAAAUUGCUGCCCAGAUUUGUCGACAGGGUGGUCUGGUAAAAUUGCCUGGCAAAAGUGUCCUGGAUGAUCAUGAUGACAACUUUGCUAUUGUGUUUGCUGCCAUGGGUGUCAACAUGGAGGCCGCUCGUUUCUUCAAACAGGACUUUGAGGAAAAUGGUUCUAUGGAGAAUGUGUGUCUCUUCCUAAACUUAGCAAAUGAUCCCACGAUCGAGCGUAUUAUCACACCACGUAUAGCUCUCACAGCAGCAGAGUUCAUGGCUUACCAGUGUGAGAAACACGUUCUUGUAAUCCUCACUGACAUGAGUUCCUACGCUGAUGCUCUCAGAGAAGUGUCUGCAGCCAGAGAGGAAGUACCAGGUCGUCGUGGUUUCCCUGGUUACAUGUACACUGAUUUAGCCACCAUCUAUGAGCGUGCCGGUCGAGUAGAAGGCAGGAACGGAUCCAUUACGCAAAUUCCCAUCCUUACCAUGCCAAACGAUGACAUCACUCAUCCCAUUCCUGAUUUGACUGGUUACAUUACUGAAGGACAAAUUUAUGUUGAUCGACAACUUCAUAAUCGACAGAUAUUCCCACCCAUCAAUGUGUUGCCAUCAUUGUCCCGAUUGAUGAAGUCUGCUAUUGGUGAAGGCAUGACAAGGGAAGACCACUCUGAUGUAUCCAACCAGCUGUAUGCCUGCUAUGCCAUCGGUAAAGAUGUUCAGGCCAUGAAAGCCGUCGUAGGAGAGGAAGCCCUUACACCUGACGAUUUACUCUACCUAGAAUUCCUUACAAAGUUUGAAAAGAAUUUCAUCGCACAAGGACAUUAUGAGAAUAGAACAAUCUUCGAAACGUUAGAUAUUGGCUGGCAACUACUGAGAAUUUUCCCAAAGGAGAUGUUGAAACGAAUCCCAAUGAGCCAGCUGGCCAAGUAUUACCCACGUGACGCCCACAAGCAACAGCAACAGAAGGCAGCAGAAGCAGCCGGUGAAUCCAGUCAGCAUAGUACACAGCUAUAAAAGUUUUCCUAUAGUCUUAUCACCCAUUGAUACCAGAUGUCUCACCGCGGUCUCUCAUCAGCUGCUUACAUUCCACACUAUAACGCCUCAGUUCUGUUACUGUGUUUUUGAAUGUGAUGCAAAUCUUGUGAAAAUAAAUUUCCAGUCCCUUCAAUAGACCCUUCUGAAGACAACAACUGGAGAAAUACAUUGUACUUUUUGGUUAACUGAACAAGGGGUUUGCAGUUCCUUGAAACAAAUAAUAAAUUACAUAGUGGUUGUUUUUGAAUGCUUCACUCCUAAUAGAAAAAAAUGUGUCUUUUUGCAUUUAGAUGAUUUGAAAUGUGAAUAGACAGUUGUAUAAUAAUAUCCUAUCACUAUAUCAAUGUAAAAUUGGUAACUUUUUAGUUUCUGUAUUUCAUCACUUGAUUAGCUGUUAAAAUAUUGUUCAAGGAUAUUAUCUUUGGAGGUUGUUAUAUAAAUUUCAUUUAAAAAGUGUUGUAUGAGAAUGUGUUUCUUUAUAUUCAACAAUGAAUAUGAUCAACAUUUAUCAAUACUUCAUGACAUUUUCCCCAUUACUAAAUGGUGUAUAGCUUUGUCCUUAGACUUUGCUGUUCAGUGUAGAAAUUGCUUGACCACAAUACAACAACUGAAGCUGAAAGUUAUGAUCAACCAGAAGAAAACAAGAAAAAAAUAGUUUGGAAUUUCAAAAUGGAAAAAAGAAUUGAUUGUUAGUCUUCUCACAAAAAAGCAAAAAACAAUACAAGGAAUGUGUAAUGGAAGACUAUUUUUUAUUUAAACUUUGAAUCAGAGAGGGACCAAUCUAGCAUAGUUUGUAGGGGGGAAAGUCUUGGGAUAUUUUGAUAUUGGUGAAUUAAAAUGUAAAUCAAUAUUUUGCUGGAUCUUUUUGAGGAAAAUUGGUAAUUUAAACUUAUGGUGAUUUUACAGGGUUUGUGCUGGGAAUGACUGACAAGUUCUAAGUUUUGGUUCAGAACUUGGAAUAUUUUGCUAUGGUUUACCAAGUAACAUCCUUUUUAAUGUCAGUCUGUUACUAUUUCAUCAACGAACAAUUAUUGAUCUAUUUUUGCUGAUCAAACAUGAAGAAAUGCCGCAUAGAACACAUACAAGGGGAGAGAACUUGGUAAAGGGGUAUUCAAUGAGGCCAGUCAGAAAUGAAGUAGGAAAUAUAUGAAAUGCAUGAUUACUAAAUCGAGAAUCAAAUUUGAUAUACCGCUCAUGAGCAACAGUUAUCUCAUAGAUUUAUUCCACUAUAUGAUAUUACAAAAUUUAUGAAAUAUACAAAUGUAAUAUAAGACAAAAAUUGCCGUUUGCAUUGUGCUUAACUUUGAAAGUGAAGGUAGUGUAUUUUGAUUUUUCUGAUUUGAGAAUAUUUCUCAAAAAAAUAUCAAUAGUCCUGGAAUUUUGAAUUUUGAAUGGAAUUUAAAAUAGUCAACUUCCUUUCAAUGGUGCAUGUAGAUCUCUUAGAUUGAAUGUCAAUAUAUAUAUAUAUAUAUAUGCAGUACAAAAAUAUUAACAAGGAAAUGUGUUAUAGAUUGAUUAGUGUAAAAGAUGUUUUUGUGAUGUUAAGAGGUAGAAUUGUACAUUGUGGGUGAGAAAUGUUGUUUAUUUCAUGACUGUUUAAAUGUAUAUUGUACAUGUAAUGAAAAUAGAUAUUGCUUAGAAAUAGAGUAUAGUGUUACCUUCAGUGAAAUAAAUAAAUUGUUUUCCAGUACCAAAAAUUUGAAUCCAAUUAUAAAAUUGAAAGCCAAUGAAUAGGGUUAAAUAGGUUUGAAUCAACACAUGCGGUCCAUUUCAGAUUUUUUUUUGAGGGUUAUCUCCCUUCAUAUCAUGUUAGGAUUUUUCCACUUAAUGUUAUCCAGUAACAUAAUAAAUCUCAUUGUUAUCAAGGCAUGCAUUUGUUGUUAAAAACCUUUCAAUAAUAGUUUUACGAUACACAGGUCACUACAUAAAAUGAGGAAAAAUAAGACAGGAUUGUAAUCUUUUAACAAAAUGAAAAUAUAUUUGAUGUUAAGAAGUACUUCCUUACAGUUUUCACCUCAAUGAAGUUUAUAAACAUUGAAUUCAUAUUUGGUUUAUUUCACUAGAAUUUUAUCUGAAAAAUAUCUAAAGUAGUACUUACUGUAUAGUAGUAUACGGUUGCUCAUCAAGGUUUACAUGUGAUUCCAAAUCUCUCACCUCAACUUGGUAAAUAUCAAUGAUUUUCAUGAUGAAACAACUGAUUGAUUAACCUCUUUAAAGAAAAAUUUGAAUGUUUUCAAAUCAACCUAUAUCUUUUUCAAAGUGAAGUCUCCGGUUUUGUUCUCUACAAAAAUUAAAUUAUUUCAAAUCAAGUUGUAUCUGGCCAGGAUGUAGCCUCAGAUUUAGGUAAACAUACAUGAAAUGGUUGAUCCAUACAUAAUCUUCCAUUGCUGACAAUUAAAAGGCACAGGUUGGUAUUGUAUAUAUAGGAUAUAAUUGUCAAACAAUUUUAAAAUCGUAGACUUAUCUUUUUAGACAAUUUUAUAUGUUUCCAUUUUUUGUAUAGAGAGAUGUAGAAAAUCGUUGAGAACUUUACCAACAGGAGGAGAUGGGAUUACAGUAGGCUUGUAACUAGCCUAUCAUUCACUAUUAGAAUGUUAGAAAUUACUAACAUGUAUCACUAAACAUGUAUGUAUAUAUGUUUAUAUACUUAUUUGCUCUUGAGUCAUAGUUCAUAUUUAAUAUACAACUGUAUCAAGUAUUAUUAUUCAUUUACAUUUUCUUGUUAUGAAAUUUGUUUUGAAAUGUGAUCUGGGUUCGAACCUGCUGGGUAUCAAGAAUGUGAAAGUUUCUAUAGCCAUUAAUUUAUGUUUUAUGAUUUGUCUGUUUCAGUUUGAAUACUGGAAAGAAUAAGUGCUGAAAUAGAAAUGAUUUGUAAUCAUUUGUAUUCACAUUUUCUAAUUGGAGUGUGAAUUUCUAAUCUGGAUGUGAUUAAAAUAUUAUUUAAAAAUGUA